AUGGCAUCAAGUAACAACCACACAACGCAAUCGAAUAGCAGCAGUAGCAAUCGGUUGUGCUCAGCGAACUCGAGUAGUCGUCGAUCCUCAUUGCAUAGUAACACCAGUAAUAGCAGUAGUAAUAGUCAUCAUUCGUCUUCGUCCUCUUCUUCGAAACGUAUCUUUAGACGUGAAUCUUUCGCCGCAACAACAUCGGACGAUUCUGACGACGCGUCGACGAUAGACGACGAUUUCGGAAGAUCCACAAAUCGUCGUGAUUCAGAAGGAGCAUCAUCGGGUGGCAGUAGCCAAAGUGGGUGUCUGAAGCGGCGUUCGGCUACCGCUUACCAUCGAAACACCACUUCACAACAAAGCAGAUCAAGCGCUAGUGGUCAUCGAACACAGGUAUGA